CCCCCUCGGCCGCCGUCGGCGCCGCGGCGCGCGCGGGGGGCGGGGCCGGCGGGUAGGGGAAGAUGGCGGAGGCGUCGCCGCAGCCGGGCCGGUUCUUCUGCCAUUGCUGCUCGGCCGAGAUCGCCCCGCGCCUGCCCGACUACAUCUGCCCACGGUGUGAGUCUGGUUUUAUUGAAGAGCUUCCUGAGGAGCCAAGGAAUGCUGACAAUGAGACCAGCUCCUCCACGUCAGCCCCUGAUCAGAGCAGGCAUCCUUUUGAGAACGUGGAUCAGCACUUGUUCACCUUGCCCCCGGGCUAUGGCCAGUUUGCUUUCGGCUUCUUUGACGACAGCUUUGAGUUUCCCUUCGGGUCCAACGUGCAGCAGGCAGAGGACAACCGGGACUCGGAGAACCGGCGGGAGCGCGAGCACCAGUCCCGGCACCGCUACGGCGCCCGGCAGCCCCGCGCCCGCCUGGCCACGCGCCGAGCCUCGGGCAGGCACGAGGGAGUGCCCACGCUGGAAGGAAUUAUCCAACAGCUGGUCAAUGGAAUUAUUGCACCGACCACAAUUCCAAACCUAGGCCUGGGCCCUUGGGGAGUCCUGCACUCAAAUCCGAUGGACUACGCCUGGGGUGCCAACGGCCUGGAUGCGAUUAUCACACAGUUACUGAAUCAGUUUGAAAACACUGGACCGCCGCCAGCGGACAAAGAGAAGAUCCAGGCCCUCCCCACCAUACAGAUCACACAGGAGCACGUAGAUUCCGGGUUGGAGUGCCCUGUGUGUAAGGAAGACUACACAGUCGGGGAGAACGUGCGGCAGUUACCGUGCAAUCACCUGUUCCACGACGGCUGCAUCGUCCCGUGGCUGGAGCAGGACCGUCUGGAGCUGCCCACGGCGUUCAGCUGACGAGCAUGGGGAGGAAGUGUGUGGAGAGGUGCUGCCGGCUCGUCCUGCCCCCUCUCUGUGGCCGGCCCUUGCUGUUGAGCGACAGGAACAUGGGGCGGCCGCGGUGCCGCCAGCGCAGCGACGCGUACGUGUUGUAGCCGUUCUCCUCAAUGCGCUCCGUGAACUUGCAGUUGGGGCUGAACUCCUUCUGGCAGGAGAAGGAAGGGGGUGAGGAGGGGUGGCUCUGCUCAGCUGGAGCCCCUCGCACCCCAAGAGUGCGGCAGGGCAGGACCUUGGUUCCUCCCUGGGGGCAGAGGGGCUGCAGUGGGUGCAGGUGAAGGAAAGCAGGAGCCUGUUGCGAGCCUGCCCUGAGCCUGUGACUCUGGAGCAGUCCCUGCCAGGAGGCAGCGUCCGACCUACCGACCCGUAGAGCCUCCCGCGCUUGUUCAUGGCCAGGUAGAAGCCGGUGUGCACCGCCCGGAUGGCCACGACGCCGACACGAACCGACCGGAUCUCAACGAUGCCUGCGGGCCAGGGAAGCGCGGCGUGAGCCAGGGAGGGACAGGCGACCUUCCCUGCCCCUGCUGGCUCUGUGGGCACAGUGUCCUCCUUCUAGAGGGAGGGAGUUGCUGCAGCCCAAGCUGGGAGUGGGAGGAGGAACCUCUGAUCCAAGCAAGGUUUGAUCUUUACUCCUCUCCUCCCCAGGGUCCAGCCACUUCCCAGAAGCGGGAGGGAUGCCAAGCACAACCUCGUGUGUGUCCUGCCCUCCCUGGCAGCUCUGCCCGUUCAUCCAUCCCCAGCACGGUGCCCGCUGUGCCCCGGGGCCCUGACCCGCCUCCCGCAGGGCCAAGUGGGCAUGGGGAUGGCAGCGACAGCACCCAUCGUGUUAUUGUGGACAAAGGCACACAGCAGAGCUCUGUGGGGCAGGAAUAAGCCAGGACAGUGCUGUCCAUGGAUGCCAAAUUUCCUGGUGGAAAUUGAGGACAAGCAGCCCCAUUCCCAGCACUGUGAGCACUGAGGAUGAGCCCAGGGGGCGGCUGUGAAGCCACAGCUGGGCUGGCGUGUGUGCGCCCCGACCGCCGAGCUCCGGCUCGGCCGCUAAUGGGAAAGGCAUGCGGUCAGACCAGCGGCUCUGGCACGGGGAAACACCCAGAGCAUCAUCGGGGCCUCUGGAUUCCUGCACUGCCUCACGCCGGCCGGCCCCGAGCGCCGCUGCCCGCCAGGCACAGAGGGAAGGGGAGAAGGAAUGUCCAGCGAUGUGGGCAGGGCAGCAGCAAGGGCUGGAGCCACGGCAGGAUCGGCCACUGGGCACCACUGCAGGGCUGGACAGGGUGGGAGGGCACCCUGCAGCCCCUGGGCAAGGGGUUUUCAUCAAUCUCCUGGCACCGCUGGCAUUCCCUGGGCAUCACCUGCCUGCAGGAUGCUGGGAAUGGGCAGGGUGGGUACAGCACCGGGCAGCGUUCGGCUCCCCCGGGAUUUCCAGCCCUGCUGCCACGGGAAGAACUGACAGGGCACUGACAGUGAAUGCCUGUGAAUCCAUCCCACUUGAUCACUGUCUGAAGCUGCUGCUAUUUAUAAGGACUUGUGCUUUUCUAAAAAUAACCCCCUUCUGUU